CAUCCUGUUCCUCAGGUGCUGCCUGUCUUGUGUGUUGUGGUUGCCACGGUGUCAGCAUCUGAUCUUGCCUGCGACACAGUGCUCUUGCUGACUGCAAGAAACCACACCUCACACUCUCUGGAGCCCUCUAAUCACUCAGACAGUAAUAGCUCAGGUGUAUUUUGCAGAACGUCCAUUGAUGGCAUUGGAACGUGCUGGCCGAGGAGUACGGCAGGGGACGUGGUGUCGCAUCCCUGCCCGGAGUUCCUCUACGGCGUCCGAUACAACACGACCAAUAAAAUUUUUAGAAAGUGUCUUGCCAAUGGGACCUGGGCUUCCAAAGGCAACUACUCUCAGUGCAAAGCUAUUCUCAAUACGCAGAAGAAGAGCAAGCUGCAUUAUCAAAUAGCUGUCAUCAUUAACUAUAUGGGUCAUUGUUUGUCUCUGUUAACACUCCUCUUUGCUUUCACACUCUUCUUACGACUCAGGUGUAUCCGUUGUCUAAGGAACAUCAUCCACUGGAAUCUCAUCUCCGCCUUCAUCUUGAGAAACACCACAUGGUUCAUUGUUCAGCUUAGCAUGAAUCCUGAUGUCCACGAGAGCAAUGUGCUAUGGUGCCGCCUGGUGACAACUGCAUAUAAUUACUUCCACAUGGCCAGUUUUUUUUGGAUGUUUGGGGAAGGCUGCUACCUGCACACAGCCAUCGUCUUGACAUACUCCACUGACAGGCUCAAGGAGUGGAUGUUCGCCUGUAUCGGAUGGUGUAUUCCCUUUCCAAUUAUUGUAGCCUGGGCAAUUGGGAAGCUUUACUAUGACAACGAGAAGUGCUGGUUUGGGAAGAGAGCAGGCAUGUACACAGACUACAUUUACCAGGGCCCAAUGAUAUUGGUGCUUAUGAUUAAUUUAAUCUUCCUCUUCAAUAUUGUGAGGAUCCUCAUAACCAAACUCAGGGCCUCCACCACCUCAGAAACCAUUCAGUACAGGAAGGCAGUGAAGGCAACACUGGUUCUUCUGCCUCUGCUGGGGAUCACCUACAUGCUGUUCUUUGUAAACCCAGGAGAAGACGAGAUCUCCCAAAUUGUCUUCAUCUACUUCAACUCCUUCCUCCAAUCCUUUCAGGGUUUCUUUGUGUCUGUGUUCUACUGUUUUCUGAACAGUGAGGUGCACUCAGUGGUACGGAAGCGAUGUCACCGCUGGCAGGACAAACAUUCCAUACGCAGAGCAAAGUCCAUUCCCACCUCAACCUCCCGCCUCAGCUUCCACAGUAUCAAGCAGACGACAUCUGUCUGA